AAUGAAAUGGUCACACUGUUUCCUGUCUUUAGACAUAGUUUCUUUAAUCUGUUCUACUUUUACUGUUUAUUUACUUUUAAAUGUUUUUUAGGUUAUAUUAUAAGGAGGAUGAAGUUUAAUAACUUCUAAGCAGAUGCACGUCGACCCAUACGGAUCUUUUGUGCUUCAUGUUGAGAUUUACUGAAUGAUCUCUUUAAGGCAUAUACUCAUUGAUACUAUUUGAUCUUUGACAUUGAUGUAAGAGAGCCAUUUAUGUACUAUCUACAAUAAAUUACAUUAUUGUUAUUAGCAGUCUAGUACAGGCCUUCAAUUGAGUUGUACAUUGAGAUAGCAACAUGUGCAUUAUUAGAUUUUUUUCGCCAGAAGCGUUUAGUGUUCAUAGAACAAAAGAAAUUUUUAAAAAAUUAAAAUUGGUAGAGUCAGACGUUCUAGAAUUGUCAACUGAACUUUGUUAUCACGUGGAACUUGCUGAAGGUUGUGAUUAUCUCAACAUUGAACAGAUAAAAAUUUUAAAAUGGCUCCUUAGCUCACCUCUUCAUCCUCAGGCAUUAAGGAAUGAAACUGUUUACAAGGAUGUUAAUGAGAGGCAAAUUGUAAUUGAAAUUGGACCUAGAUUCAAUUUCUCUACAGCUGACUCUAGUAAUUCCGUUCAGAUCUGUGAAAGUGUUGGACUCCGUAAUGUUGUUCGUGUUGAAGUUUCCACUAGGUAUCUCAUUACAUUUGCAAAAAUCAAAAAUGUCACUGAAAGCUUAUUUGAAAAUCUUGCUGCUCCCUUACAUGACAGGAUGACACAAUGUAUAUAUACAAAUGAGAACCUUCCACGAAAGAGUUUCAAUGAAGGAUUACCCAAAAACUUGGAGUCUUGGUAUGUAGUGCCUUUGCAGAAAGAAGGGAAGGUGGCAAUGGAGAGAGUAAAUCAGAAACUUGGUCUUGCAUUUGAUGCAUGGGAUAUAGAUUUUUAUAUGGAUCUGUUCGUUAAUAAAUUAAAAAGGGAUCCGACAAGUGUGGAGCUGUUUGAUCUUGCUCAAAGUAACAGUGAACACUCGCGACAUUGGUUUUUUAAGGGUAAAUUAAUCUUAGAUGGUCAAGAUAUAAAUGAAUCUCUUAUUGAAAUGGUUGCAGAUACCCAAAAAACAUCAAAUAACAAUAAUGUUAUCAAAUUCGGUGAUAACAGCAGUGCAAUUAAAGGUUUUAAACAUACAAAACUACGACCCAGAGAUGUAAAAGCUCCUUCACAAGUGGUAGAAGAAAUAACUGAGUCUGAUAUAAUAUUUACAGCAGAAACCCAUAAUAUGCCUACGGCAGUAGCUCCAUUUAGUGGUGCCACCACUGGCACUGGGGGUCGUAUAAGAGAUGUGCAAGGUGUGGGCCGUGGUGGUCACACAGUAGCUGGUACAGCUGGGUAUAGUGUUGGUAAUUUGUACAUACCAGGAUAUGAUCUCCCAUGGGAGGAGAAAGGCUGGGAAUAUCCUAACAACUUUGCAAGUCCAUUACAAAUUAUCAUUGAUGCCAGCAAUGGUGCUUCUGACUAUGGCAAUAAGUUUGGAGAACCAGUAAUAUUAGGUUUUGUACAAUCCUAUGGAUUAAAAAAUGCUGAUAAAGUGAGAGAAGAAUUUAUCAAACCUAUAAUGUUUAGUGGUGGCAUUGGAUACAUGCCUCAUUCCAUGAUAAAAAAGAACAAUCCAGAAAAAGGCAUGUUGCUGGUAAAGAUAGGUGGGCCAGUGUACCGUAUUGGAGUGGGCGGCGGUGCUGCCUCAUCGGUUGCAGUGCAAGGCGGCGAUAGCAGAAAUCAUGCCCUAGACUUUGGCGCUGUACAAAGAGGUGAUGCAGAGAUGGGAAAUCGUCUUAAUCGUGUUGUGCGUGCUUGUCUUGAAGCAGAUAACAAUCCUGUUGAAUCAAUCCAUGACCAAGGAGCAGGUGGUAAUGGCAAUGUUUUAAAAGAACUGGUUGAGCCAGAGGGUGCAGUAGUGUAUACUAAGGAGUUCCAACUGGGUGAUCCUACUAUAACUACCCUUGAGUUGUGGGGUGCCGAGUAUCAGGAAAACGAUGCCCUGUUAUGUACUAAAGAGAAUAGGCCCCUACUAGAAGAAAUCUGUCGCCGAGAACGUUGCCCAGUUUCAUUUGUGGGUGAGGUCACAGGAGAUGGAUAUAUGAGUCUAAUUGAAGACUCUUUCUCUAACAAGUAUCUUAAUAGAAAUGACAGACUAAAACCAGAAAUUAAAUCUAAGAUGCCAUAUGAUUUACAUUUAGAAGCAGUAUUAGGGAAUAUGCCAAGAAAAACGUUUGAUCUGAAAAGAGAUAAGAGAACCAAAUUACCCUUAUCACUGCCCGCUGAUAUAACCGUAAAGAGUGCACUGGAUAGGGUUUUGAGGCUCGUUAAUGUAUCUAGCAAACGAUACUUAACUAACAAGGUGGACCGGUGCGUGACGGGGCUGGUGGCGCAACAGCAGUGCGUGGGGCCGCUGCACGCGCCGCUGGCGGACUGCGGCGUGGUGGCGCUGUCGUACGCGAACACCACCGGCGCCGCCACCUCGCUCGGCACGCAGAAUAUCAAGGGCCUGCUCAGCCCUGCUGCCGGCGCCCGGCUCUCGCUCGGCGAAGCACUCACCAACCUGGUGUUCGUCGUCAUUUCCGAACUGGAGGAUGUGAAGUGUUCCGGUAACUGGAUGUGGCCUGGCAAAACUGGAACAGAGGGUGGGACGCUGGUCGAAGCGUGUCUAGCACUGUGCAAGGCUAUGGCCGCACUUGGGGUCGCAGUCGACGGCGGCAAGGACUCGCUCUCUAUGACCGCGCAGGUUGCCUCUGAAAGAGUGAAAUCUCCCGGAACACUGGUGGUGUCUACAUAUGCACCGUGUCCUGAUAUUAGAGUGAAAAUAGAACCAGUUUUACAAAAAGAAGGCUCUGCAUUGGUUCAUGUGCCUGUCACACCAGGAAAAUAUAGACUUGGAGGAUCCUCUCUUGCACAGUGCUAUAAACAAUUGGGCGACACUCCUCCAGAUUUAGAUGAUCCAAGAAUUCUUCAGUCUUUAUUCAAAACUACACAAAAAUUAAUAAAAGAAAAUAAGUUAUUAUCUGGCCAUGACAUCAGUGAAGGAGGCUUUAUUACAACAGUCCUCGAGUUAGGUAUAGGAGGCAUUCGUGGGUUAAAUUUAGAUCUACAAGUAGACAGUAAAAUAUCUGCGAUUGAGGCACUUUUCAAUGAGGAACUCGGUAUUGUGGUUGAAGUUGAUCAAAAUGAUUUAUCCUAUGUUCUUGAUGAAUAUAAGAAAAAUCACGUAAAUGCUCAAUUUAUCGGUAACACAGGGAAAUAUGGCAUGAAUUCACAGGUGAUUAUAAAAGUAAACGGAGAAAAAGUACUGGACACUAAACUUAUAGAUAUUUAUAGAAUGUGGGAAGAGACUAGUUAUCAAUUAGAAUGCCUUCAAGCUAACUCUGAUUGUGUGACACAAGAAUGGAGAGAACUUGAAAAGCGUAAAGGAGCAACAUACAAGGUCACUUUUGAUCCUUCAGUGGCAGUGAUCAAAACCAAUCCAGUGAAAGUAGCGGUUCUUCGUGAAGAAGGAACAAAUGGUGACCGCGAGAUGAUAGCAUCCUUGGUUAUGGCCAAUUUUGAUGUGUAUGAUGUGACAAUGAGUGAUUUGCAGAACAAAAAGAUCACACUUGAUGUUUUCCAAGGCUUAAUAUUCCCCGGAGGCUUUAGUUACGCGGAUACACUGGGAUCAGCUAAAGGUUGGGCGGCGGGAAUCCUCUUCUCAGAGUCCCUGAAUUCACAAUUCUCACACUUUAAAAACCGAUCGGAUACAUUUUCACUUGGUGUUUGCAAUGGAUGCCAAUUAAUGGCUCUUUUGGGUUGGAUUGCUCCGCAGGAUUCAACAGAUGCAGCCGACAAGACACAGAUAUUCCUUGAUCAUAAUCUAUCAGAGAGGUUUGAAUGCCGUUGGAGUGCAGUGAAGAUUCCUGAAGAUACAAAUAAUACCAAUAUAUGGUUCCGUGGUAUGGGCGGCAGUAUAUUGGGCGUAUGGGUUGCACACGGAGAAGGACGAUUCUCGUUUUCUGAAUCUUCUUUGCUAGAUAAAAUACGAAGAAAUGGACAAAUUGCGAUACAAUACGUUGAUGAUGAUGGCGUCCCUACAGAGGCGUAUCCGAUGAAUCCAAAUGGAAGUCCAGAGGGCGUAGCUGGCUUGAUGUCACGCGACGGGCGGCACUUGGCUAUGAUGCCGCAUCCAGAGCGAUGUGUACUACAGUGGCAAUGCCCCACACCAUCCCCCACAUAUCACACUACACAAGACCCCAACUCCCUCGCUUCACCUUGGCUUCGAAUAUUCCAAAAUGCUUAUGUAUGGGCAUCACAACAUAAUAGUUAAAUAACUGUUACAAUAUUGUUUAAUCUACUUUUUCAUACCCAACAUAUUUUGUAAACAAUGACGUGUUAUUUAAAAUUAGACAUGACGUCUUAUUCAAUAUCAGACAGACAAAUAUAUAAUCUAGAAUAAUAGUGCAUUUUAUGCCAUCCUAGAAAAAUCAACAGUAUUUUCCGAAAAUUCAUCGAAUAAGUUCAAAACGUGGCAGGACGGAUUUUCUAUUUCCCCAAAUUUUGUAAUAUAAUUAUCAAGUGCACGACACUAGGCUGAUUGCUAACGCUGUAUUCUUUUUACUACUUCCAGGAGUAUAUGAUAUUUCUUACUACCAUGUUAGUACAUAACGUAAUUUUAAACUUCCCUAACUUAUCUUCCUAACUCGUAUACGGCUUAUAUUGCUGCAACUGUAUUCAUUAUACAGGUUUUAAUGAAGCUUCAUUCCGUGGUUCCUCGAAUUAUGAAAUGAUUUAAAAUAUAAUACCGAAGUUUCAUUCAGAAUCUUAACGGUAUCUGGUAUCGUUUCAAAAUCUUUUAACAUUCAAAUCAAUAUUCCUGAUUAAUGAAUAUUGAACCGUUUUUCAAUCUUGCAAUCUCUAAUCCCAGAUAAUAGCUUGCUCUUUUGCUUGUUAUUUUUAGCGUCUGCUCAAACUCUGUGAGGAGUCGAUUUACCAAGGCUUCAUCUGUAAUGGCAGUAUGCCUAUUAUCUAUGUACAGAGUAAAUAGGAUCUUGUUUCCCAUAUUCUUUAGUAACAGACAGACGCCAGUAUUAUUCCGCGUAAAAUCUUUGUGUAGUAAAAUUUCUUCAAAAUAUGAGUUCCAUUAUCGAGGUGCUUGUUUAAGGGCAUAAAGACUUCUAUUUAACCAACAUACAUUUGAAGAGCCAUCAUCAAAUCCGUCUGGUAGCUUCAUAUACAUUACCCACUUAAGCUUGUCAUUCAGGAAUGCAGUUCAUACAUCAAAUUAUGUUAAAUAGAUCUAAAUCUCUAGCACAUCCAAUAACUCCUUCACACAUUAGUUUCUUAGAAAGGAAACUUCAUUGGAGUUGUAUAGUGUAUAUAUAUAUAUAUAUAUAUAUAUAUAUAUAUAUAUAUACAUAUUGGAGGAAAUUGAGAAUGUAUUAAAAUAUUUUGUUACUUUUUUUCCCCUGCAAACGGGAAAAAUAGGUAAAUUAUAAAACACAGUAAACACCCUUCAAAGUGAAGUAAGGGGCGAAUAAAAUAAAUAUUUACUGGCAAUGAUUUUUCACGAGAGUAACAAGCAUCAGAUACCAUGUUUGUUGAGAAUUUUCUAUAAUUGACUACUAUAUUAAAAACAGUGCCCUCUGUCGUACUAUAUGGUAUUAUUAACUUGCAAAAGUUUGUUCGGAUAUUAUAAAACAGUGCGCCAGUAUCUUUGAUAAAAACUAGCUUUUUAGAUUAAGUAUGACAGUGCCAUGCAUAACACUAACGAAUUCUGACAACGAAAACAAAAAUAGAAAUUACUUAUAAUACUGUGGGAUUCCCCGUAAAAUAUAAAUGAAAAAGGUUGCCAAUUUGGGAGAUUUUUAUUUAAGUAAUUGAGGUGACGUCAGCGGACACCAAGUUCGGCUGUCAGUUCUCGCUAAAAAUUAAAAUUUCUUAACGGAGCCAUUUAUUAACGGAUUUUAGAUUUUUUAUAGGCUUAUUAGUUUUAACCUAUA